AUGGUACGUGAACAAUACACGACAACAACACCAGGCACGAGCCUAGAAAGGCCGAAGAAUGAAUAUAACUACAAAAUUGGAAUUUAUGGCUGGAGAAAGCGUUGUCUCUACCUGUUUGUUCUCCUCCUGCUUAUCAUCCUAGUUGUGAAUUUUUCUUUGACAAUUUGGAUUCUUAAAGUGAUGUGGUUUUCCCCAACUGGAAUGGGACACCUGCGUGUUACAAAAGAAGGCCUUCGACUGGAAGGGGAAUCUGAAUUCCUAUUCCCUCUUUAUGCCAAAGAAAUCCAUUCCAGAGUGGACUCAUCGCUGCUUCUCCAGUCUACUCAUAACGUGACUGUGAAUGCUCGCAAUUCAAACGGGGAAGUCACAGGCAGAUUAAAUGUGGGUCCUAAAAUGGUAGAAUUCCACAGUCAGCAAUUUCAGAUCAACUCAAAGGAUGGAAAGCCACUUUUUACAGUGGAUGAAAAUGAAGUUGUAAUUGGCACAGAUAAGCUUCGAGUCACAGGGCCUGAAGGAGCACUUUUUGAACAUUCUGUAGAAACACCACUUGUGAAAGCAGAAGCUUUUAAACAGCUUAGGCUGGAAUCACCAACUCGAUCUUUGAGCAUGGAUGCACCACGAGGAAUUAAUAUCAAAGCACAAGCUGGGAAUAUUGAAGCUCUUUCCCAGAUGGAUAUCAAACUACACAGCAGUGAUGGCGUGCUCUUGCUCGAUGCUCAAACUGUGCGACUGCCCAAGCUGCCUGAGGGUGCAAGGGGUGGAUCCGGGAUUUCUCAGGGGCUCUAUGAAAUCUGCGUGUGUCCAGAUGGAAAGCUCUACUUGUCAGUGGCCGGCGUGGGCUCCACUUGCCAGGAAUACAGCCGAGUGUGCCAGUGA